GCUCGAACCGUUGACAAACCCUUCCAGGAUUGCGCUAGGACUUGUCAGGAUGGACACUGCGCAGCUGGUUUUGAGGUCACAUGUGCAGAGGUUUCUUGGAGCAGCUGUUGAGUCCAGCUGCACACGUCCAGGAACUCGUGGAGCUACCUGCCCAGGUUUAUCAGAAUGGAAAUCAUGGACGAGGGAGACGGAAGGUGAACGGUCUAUUAAGUAGGGUUGAAGCCCUCGAGCAGAUUCAGAAAUCGCUGGAUGACAAGACUCUCACAGUAAGGGAGUGUAUGCCAGCCCUGAGAGUUAUGGGUGAGAGAAGUCUUUGGCAACAUGGCAUCAACUUGCUGGCCAGCAUUGCAUCCAGAGGCUUACAACCAGAUCAAUUUAUGUUCAACAAACUGAUCAGUCUUUGCACCAAGAACAAGGCAGCAUUGCCUUCUUUGGAGCUGCUUGGAGAUAUGGUCAAGCGCAGAAUCUACCCAGAUGUGCAAGCUUGCAAUAUGGUCAUUGGUGCACUCGCGCCCAGCGGGUUAUGGGAGGAGGCUCUUGAGGUGUUACAGUCGAUGAAGAGAUAUCAAGCAGAGCCUGACACAAUUUCUGUGAACUCUGCUAUUGCUGCCUGCGCUGGGGGCAGCAGAUGGGUGGAGGCGAUCCAGCUGCUUGGUGAAGGCCAGCAUUUAAACAGUGGCCCCGAUGUCUGGACCUACGGAUCAACCAUCCGUGCCUGUGAGGCUAAAUGGAUUCUGGUGUUGCAACUCCUCGACGAAAUGCAAGCGAGAAAAAUACAGCCGAAUGAGGUGAUCUCAGCCUCCGCCAUCAACGCCUGUGCAAAAAGCUCUCCCGAAUCCAGCAUUGAGAUUUUCCGCAGCUUGAAGCAGAAAGGGGUAAGGCAGAACACCCUGUCAUACCAGGCAGCUUUGAGCGCGUGCCAUGUUGAUAAAUAUCUGUGGUCUUGGUCCUUGUUGUACUUGGAGGAAAUGAAAGCACAUGGAAUCAAGAUCGACAUUGGAAUUCUCAAUGCAGUGAUGGGUGCGUGCCAAAAUGCGCACUACUGGGGCCAUUUGCAGAAGCAAGAUGCAAACAUGGUUCAGAGAGUUCUUAACGAAGUAUACUAUUUGCGACUCGUGCCUAACAUUGUCACCUAUAGCCACAUCAUGGCAGCAGCCAAGCAGGCAGGAGACUGGGAAAGAGUGCUUCAGCUUCUCAAUGAAGCGUGCAUCCAAAAGCUUCAGCCCGAUGCAAUCCUGUAUACCCACUCAAUAUCUGCCUGUGCGGCAGGCCGUAGUUGGGAACAAGCGCUGCAGCUUUUGAACGCUGCGAACCAAAUCGGUUCUCUUGAGUUUCAUUGGAGCUCCGCCAUGAAAGCAUGUGUGGAUGCCACGCAAUGGGAGUCUGCCAUUGCUUUGGUCCCACGGAUGCGAAACGCGCACUUACAACCUGAAGUUGUGACAUAUACAGAGAUGAUGUGUGCAUAUCUGCAUGGUGGUGCAUGGCCUGCUGUUCUUGAGUUGCUUGACGAGAUGCACGAUCAGAACGAAGAGCCGAAUCACAUCAGCUUGACCUCUGUGAUACGGGCCUGCAUGGUAAGUGGGAAUACAGCUUUCGCUGUGAUGUGGAAGCUUGAGAUGGAGAAGCUGGGCGUUCAGCCCUACUUCACCACAUAUGUGUAUUUGAUAGCACUUGCGGCUGAUGCUCAAGAGUGGCCAUGGGUCGAGUUUUUGUUGGCAGAGGCGAUGGCAAGGUGGCGGAUGGUUUUGAAGACAGUUGAACAGGGUUGCGCUGAGCUUUCCCGACCAAGCUCCAAAAAGUGGUUUGCUUCCAAGUCAUACAGUCUAGCUGUCAAGACAAGGUAUCCCAAUGCCGAGAAUUUUGAUCUCCGCGAGCUCUACAACCUGGUCCUCCUGAAAUGCCUCAAGCACAGCAGCUGGUCAAAGGCUCUGAAACUCUGGCAGGACUACCCGGACUCUGGCGUUUCUUCUCCGAAUGCUGCGCUUGCAACAUGUGAAAAUGUCCUAGAGUGGGAUGAGUUUGUGCAUCUCUGUGGCGAGUUCGGGCCGGCAGGCUGGGUGCAGGAGGUGAGUGAAGCAGCCUUGCGCGCCACCGUUGCCUUGGCAAGAGGGAAGUACACGGGACAUGGUCCAGGAUGGCAGCAAAAUGCGCUGGGCCAGGUAGCCAUGACGAUGGAUUUGCUGGCGUGGCAUGGCCUUUUCGCUGCGAACCUCAACCGCCACUUUGCUGACCAAGUGCUAGAGUUUGUGCUGGAGGCGGUCAUAGCUGAUACCGACGAAACAGUCUUGAGUAAAGCGGCCACUGGCCGAACUCACACAAGGUUAAAGGAGCCGAUUUUGAAAGGUUCUCAGUUGCAAAAUGUCAUGCUCAGCAGUGCCUUUACAAGACAAGCUCUACAAAGCCUGGAGCUAGCCGCUUUUGAAACGUGGCUGCCAAAUGCUCGUUUGAGAGCCAGAAGAGAACUGCCUGCUGAAGAUGCAGGUGGUGGUCUUGACGACGCAAUACGGAACUUGAGAGCCCGAUGGAUCUCCUUCAGGCCAUCAAAGCAAUGUGCCGGAGGUUUAGAAAGUGCGGGCUUCGUGGUUUUGGCCGCUGAUGCUGGCUGCAAAGAAUGGCUGGCAUCGCACGCCCUGGAAAAUGCGCUGGCAAGAGUUCCACAACAUGGGAAUUUGCUUCGCGAUGUGGUGCAGGCCUCUGCUCUUCAGAAUGGCAAGGUACGGAUGUACAUGUCCUAUAUACCUUGCUUGGCUUGCUUGGCCAAGCUGUACCAACUUCAAAAAACAGGCACUCGGUUGGAGGUGGCGUUUGAUACCUGGCGAGAAACCCGACAUUGGACGUGCUGAGGAAGCAGACCGAGGGGAUCUUGCUCCAGUGGCAUUUGUGAGGUCGCGCAAAGCAAUCUUGCAAAGAUAUGCCGUGCGGUAGUCAUAGUGCCCUUUGUGUCUGUUGAAGUGGUGAAAAAGACUUGCUGCCUGAUUGCAGCUUUUAUUCCUGAGUAUGUUCGAAUCACAGUAACAU